GUUAUAUAAACCUAAACUACUCUAUGGAGCUCACGUAUCUCGCGUGCGUUGCGAGCACGCACAUACAACUUGCUUUUUCUUGUUUUGGCGUCGUCGAAGGGCUUUGAGAAACAAAAUGCGAGACCAAUAUUUAGCCGGCCGACUGUAUGUGGGCAGCCUUGACCACAGCACAACGAAGGAUGACAUUGAAAGAGAGUUUAGCAAACAUGGUCGCCUUGUUGAUAUCUGGAUGGCGCGCAACCCUCCUGGAUUCGCGUUUGUUGAGUUUGAAAAUGCUGAGCAAGCAGAAUCAGCCCUGAAGGCACUGAAUGGUCACGAUUUCUUGGGAAGCCGCAUUAUGGUGGAACCAUCUCGUGUCCAGAAUGGUCGUGGAGGUCGUGGUGGAGGCAGAGGCGGCGGUGGUGGAAGAGGCGGCGGUGGCAGGGGUGGAGGAAGAUACGAUGGUGGUGGUGGUGGAGGAAGAUAUGACAGCAGACGGGAUAGUGACAGGGGCAGAUCUGGUGGACCAUCUAGAUCACCGCGAGGCCAAUUUCGAGACUACUCUUCAAGCGAUUAUGGUCGUAGUAGCGAUUAUGGUCGCAGCAGCGAUUUUGGUCGCGGUGGCGGUGGAGACUUCAGCCGUGGUGGAGGUGGUGGUGGUAGCUACAGAGAUGACAGCAGAGGGUCCAGAUAUGGUGAUUCCUACAGCUAUGGAGAACCAACAUAUCGUAGCCGCUCACCAAUACGUCGCAGGAGUCCUGCCUUUGCUGCUCCUCCUCCUCCUCCAAGAGGACGUGAUUAUGGUGGGAGGGAUUAUGGUGGUGGGCGUGACUUAGGCAGCAGAGAUAUGGGCCGAGACUAUGCUAGACGGGAACCGAGAAGAGACUACGAGAGAGAACCCAGAGAUUAUGCACCAGGACCCUCUCCCAGUUAUGGUGGUGGACGACCAGAACGACCAGCCUAUGACAGCAGAGGAGCAGACCGAGGCUAUGAAAGAGGAGGCUUCGAUCAUGGGGGCUAUGAUAGAGGAAGCAGACGCUCCCCUCCUCCAAGACGCUAAAUUGUUCCAUGUAAGAGAAAUGAAUUUGAAGAAGGAAAUUAUUUUCACAAAUUCUGUUAAAUGGUCUAAAAAUGUGACCAAAAUUUGGUCAAAGUGUUUAAUUAUGCUGUUAAGUUGUUUAAUGUACAUACAUGAUCAUGGUGUUUGAUAUUACUUGAUUUUUUUCCAUUGCCCUCUCUAUGAUCAUUAUGUUCUUAUUGUACUGAUUCCUACUUUCCAGUUCAGAAUAAUCUUUUUUUUUUAAACUGAUUUGAAUUGAAAAGACUACAUAUAGUGGUGGACUGUGACCCUGAGGAGACAAAGCAUUAGAGGGGCACAGCAUGGUUCACACAUAAUACAGUGCCCCUCCAAUCAUUGUCUAUCCCAGGUUACGGUCCCCACUGACUACAUAACAUGCUUUUGUGUGAGUUACUUUUAAUUGCAUCUUCCAAAUACAUGUACUGAUCAAUUUUAUUGAAAUUUUUUGUCUUGGAAAAAUGUGUAACUUGCGAAUUUCAUUUGUACUGUAUAUUGACAUUUUAAACAUUUUUAAAAACUAUUGAUUGCAUAAUUUAUUUCAAAUAUGAUAUUCAGAAAGUUUACACAAUGUAGCCUGUGAGACAUUUCACUACUCAGUAAAGAAAGUUACCAGCAACAGUUCAUAUAAGUCCUCUAUGGAUAAAUCUUUAUUAAGUGGUGAAUAAGUACAUUUGAUCUAAAUGUUCUUUGUUCUUUGAAAUUGCCCUACAUAAUUCAUUCAUUGCUUUCCACGAUUCAGAUUGUGUUGCAUUAUAAAUCACAGGGUAGAUGCUUGAGAAUAGAUUGUCCAAAAUGGCAAGGUGAUCUUUUUGCAUACUCUACAUUUCUGAUUACUACUAGGUUUUUACAAUUUGACAAGAGUAUAAUGGGAUGAUAUUCACUGUGAUAUAUCACUUAUCUUUUAUUUGCGGUGUGUCAAUAGUGAAAUUUGUUUUAGAUAUCAUCCAAAUUUAGAAUAUGAGAAAGUUAUAACUUAUAAAGCUCAGACACAUACUGGUACCAUCAUGAUCAGGAUCCAAUUAAGUACACGUUAGGUAAUAAAGAACAAGGAGAAACUGAGGUUUAAAUCUUGAUGUUCAUUCAAGCGUGGAAUGUGAAAAUUAUUAUACAAGAUCUGUUGCAAAUCUGAGAAGUCUGAUAAAAGAUUAUUACGGGAUUGCUUGCAUCUUGUUUUUUUUAUACAGUCAUGUAACUUCAUAUAUUGUUAGUGGAUAGAGGAAUCUGUACUCAUGUAUGCUCAGCCUCAAACCCCAUGUCUAUUUUGUCUUUAAAUACAGAGGUUUGACUUGUGACCAAAUGUAUGUUUGGAGCUGGAUGGUAACAUGGUAGUAAAAUGGGAUAUCAUACUUAUCGUGAUUGACAUUACAAAGAAUAGGUUCUUAAAUAAUCAAAAUUAGGUACUCUAAUUAAUUAUUUGUUCUGAAAAUUAAGGUGUUUUAUUUUGAAGAAAAGAAAAAUCAUUAAUGGUACCAAUAUUUUUAAUUCUGUCUUUAGGCAAUUUGAAAUAAAAUUUUCAACCAGAAUAAUAUAAAGAUAAUAACCACAAACAAAUUUACUGUCUUGUUAUCUCACACAGCAUUAUUUCAAACUUUGUGGCCUGCUACCUCUGAAUUGCAUUAUUGUGUACUACAUUCAAUUAUAUUUCAUUUACCCUGGUAGAUCCAUUUGAAGAAAGAAAAACACAAAAAGGAUAUUACCAUACAAUGGUCACUAUUUGGAGCAUUUUUUGUAAGUUUCAUUAUGGGGACCCACACUUGUUUUUAAUGGAUAAACUACAUGUACAUAUACAAUACAACUUCUUGCUAUUAUCUUGCAAACUUCAUGUGAAGAUUUUUUUUCUGUUUUAAAAAAGUGCAUGUGUGUAUGAAAAAUGAAUGUUUGUAUUUUUUGUAAGAGUUUGUUCGUUUACUGGAAUUGCACAAAAUGUAGGUAUAGGCCUAGACAGGAGGGUUUGUAGUUUGUACAUUCUUGAUUAUGAAAGAGAUAAUAAUCUUAUGUGAAUAUUGUAUUUUGCAGACAUGUACCCAAGUCCUGUAGUACCAUGCAGUAUUUUGAUAUGCAAAUUAAGAUUGCAACUGUUUAAUCCAAUAUUUGUUAUUUUUGUUUUUCUGUUCAUUUGAAAGGGGAUAUGCUCCAGAAUAUACUACCGGUAUUCCUUGUCUUAGCUUGUAUUCAGUCUUGAUAUCAAUUUAGGGUUUUGUUUGUCCAGAUACAACUAGACUUUGGUUUAAAACAUACAUGUAGAUGCUGAUUAUCUUAAGGAAAUUGUAAAUUUGCAAAGCUUUUCCUGUAUUUUUAAUGAGAGACGGACAGGCAUAUGAAGUGAAACACUGUCAAAAUUGAUUUUUGUUUGUUUCAUUGUUGAUGCAUGUAAGUUAUUUUUUAAUGUGAGCAUUGACUAUUUUCCUGUGUCUUUUUAUAAUAAAAAAAAAGAAUGUGAUAAAAAAGCA